CAAAGAAAAAAGGAAAAGGAAGCUGUGCUGCCGCCAUUUCACGUGAAAAGCAGCGCGGUUAGAUUAACGCGGAGUGGUUGUAUUUUCAUAACUUAGAUUGAAUUGGCGGAGGUUGACCUUUUUUGCCAUUUUGAAGUCAGAUAUUUUUAUUAGGCUAUAGAGGCCUCACAGUUUCAGUCCUAGCAGCCUCGCUCCGUUGCUUGGAAACGACCAAGAAAAAAUGAGUUACGGUAGGCCGCCGCCAGACGUCGAAGGGAUGACCUCCCUCAAAGUGGACAACUUGACUUACAGAACUUCUCCCGAGACUCUCCGACGAGUUUUUGAGAAGUAUGGUCGGGUGGGGGACGUGUACAUUCCCCGGGACCGGUACACCAAAGAGAGCCGCGGUUUCGCCUUCGUGCGUUUCCUCGACAAGCGCGACGCUGAAGACGCAAUGGACGCCAUGGAUGGCGCGCUGCUCGACGGGCGCGAGCUGCGGGUUCAGAUGGCCCGAUACGGACGGCCACCGGACUCGAUGUAUAGCCGGAGAGGGGCUCCACCGCGCAGAUACGGAGGUUAUGGACGAAGAAGCAGGAGUCGCUCAACCAGUCCCCGCCGUCGCAGACGCAGCCGCUCCAGGAGCAGAAGCCAUUCCCGAUCCAGGAGCCGUAACCGUUACAGCCGCUCCAGGUCUCGUUCCUACUCCAGGUCCAGAUCAAGAUCCAGGUCCAAGUCAAAGUCCAAAUCCAAGUCCAGAACGCCGAGGCGGAGCAAGUCGAAGUCUCCUUCCAGAUCGCGAUCUCGCUCCAGAUCCAAAUCCCGUUCCAGGUCCAAGUCCAAGUCCAAGUCGAGGAGUCGAACCCCGGGUUCCAACAGGGGGUCAAAGUCCCGAUCCAGGUCUAAGUCCAAGAGUGGACCUAAAUCACCAGGAAACAACGAAGCAGAGCCUUAACCCAAAUGUGGACGCAAUAUGACGCUGCUGAGUCCUGUUUGCAAAGAGAGGAGGAGGAGAUGGGGGUGUUGCAGUGUGAGAGCAGUUAGUGUGUGACCCGCCCAUGUGACCUGCCUGUUGCUGAGAGCCAUUGCAGUUGCUAAGGAGCAGGUCACCGAGGCAACGGUGGUUGCUAUGAAGCAGGUCGUCAUGGCGGUGGUUCGGGCUGUCAAUUGGUGUAUGAGGUGGUGUGGUGAGGUACGUUCUCGCGGGGCACACAGGCAGAUGCACUGAGCAGUUUACCCACCUGUGCCUGUGGUUUCCGCCGCCUCACAUAAAGGGAGCCGACCCCGAGGUUUGUUUUUCCCAAUAUGCCCGGGUGCCAGACCCUUGUUAAAGCUAGUGUGGGAAGAAUUGGGGCCAGGAAACAUGUAAAAUAAGGAAGUGAGUUAUUGAGUAACAUGUUUACCUCAGAUUUCUUAACUGUCAGGACAGAGAUCAUGCAAUAAAUAUUCAGAUCAGCUGUAGGAAUUGAUACCAGCGUCUGUUUUUGCUCUUGGUGACUUAAGUUCUGUUUUUCCUUCCAGAUCUUGCAUUGAGCCUUUGAGGACAUCCGGAACAGCCUCACUUUUUGGCAAGAAUACUCCACUAUUGCCACCGAAUGCAGACUGAAAGGUUAAUUGGAUAUUGGUCUAAAAUGUUUUAAAUGUUUAAGUUCCUUUGUAAUCUGUUGAGACAAAUUCUGUAACUUUGACAUCAUUUGUAAAGCCGAGUAUAUUGAAAGGGAUUUAUGGGGUAUUUCUUAAUUUACCGUUUUUGGGUGGGCUUUUUCAUUGAAUUUGUAAGUAAUAAAUUCCUCUGAAACAAAAUAUAAUUUUCAGCAGGCUCUGUUCAUUUUUUGAAUAUGAAACUUAUUUGAAAGUUGAUGUAGGAAAUGAUGUCUCUUUGUUUGCAGUAUUUACAGCUGUAUUGCCACUCAUACUGGGGGAGGGAAAUGGCUUAGUGUACAGUGACAUAAAAGCCAUUUAAAUUUGUGAUUUGCUUAAUCCAGCAAAAUUUUGUUUCUGCUUUUUUCUGUCUAGUUCAAGUUGCUUUCCUAUGACUCUAACCCUCUUUCUUGUGUAUCUUUUGUGCACUAGGCGCAGUUGUGUAGCAGUUGAGUAAUGCUGGUUAGCUGUUAAGAUGCGAUGCAGUGCGGUGGUGACAUGGUGUGGCGUGUUGCGGUGCAGAGUGCCCGGUGCAGUUCCGGGGCUCGACCCUUCGCUGCCGUUUGCCGGUUUGUAAGCUCACAGGUGUGGCAGAUCAUCCAUCCUCUCCUGUCUGUGACCUCUACUUCCCUACAUGUGCUGUACAUAUUGUCUUCUAUCCUCUUUACCCUUCCUUCUCUUCUGUGUCCCAGCAUCAACCUUCCUUCUGUGGUUUAUCCACUGAAUUGGUCUUGCUUGCUUUGAAAAACUAGCCCAGUGGGACAAUAAGAGAAGGGUAAGGGGCAGUUAAUGGCUUCUUAAGAAAUCUUUUGAAUCGCAUUCUUCUGUGUACCUCAAAUGUCUUGUAACUGCAUCAAAUGACUGCUAAUAAAGGUUUUUGUUGGAAUUGAA